GAAGCAAAAACACAUCAUAAAGCACCAUUUGCAUCUAUGCACCUAGUAACAAAACGUACGCCUCAACAACUAAGCAGAGUACAAUUUUCCAUUGACUUGAGAUGUCCACAUAUUAAUAUUUUUUUCUAAAUUCAAAAAUUAUAAAUUUUACCUUUCAAACAAUGUACUUACUGUUGACUUUUGUAAUUUGUUUAAUUGCUGGAGCAAGUUGUGAGCAUGCCGGAUUGGCGAAAGCAUUGAAUAAAAGUGAACACUUAUCAGCCGAUCAACUCGCUGAGGGCGUCGAGGUUGACGAAUCCUUUAUUCAGAUUCCUUCAGAUCAAGAUAGUUACCCAAGUAGUCAGGGAUGUCCAAGUCCAACCGAUGGUUACCCAUGGGUCAAGUUUGGCACUCCGGCACGCUGCUACUUAACCGGAUUUCAAGGCCCGUGUCCCCUCCACAUGAAAUUGUUCUACAAUCUCAACUCCCCCGAAUUCGGGUACUGUCAAUGCGACUGCUUCGAGAAUGAUCCCACCUCUCCAGAUGAAUAUUACUGCAUGCGGAAGGCGACUGAAUGGGCAUGGGAAACGGAACUGCGAGCAUACGGGUUUUCACUGGAAACGAAAGUGUGCUACCCGCUAUUUUCUCAGGGUCCCUGCAAAUCUGACGAGUGGUUCGUCAUGGAUUCCUCAGAAAAGAUAUCCACCUGCGAAAAGAGACCGUGUCGACAUCCCAGAGAUUCGAACGAGUUGAUAUUUUUGUCCAACGGUACGAAAUCUUGUCAGAAGCUGGGUGAAGAUUGCAAAUCUGAAUGCCAACCAGAAGUGAACAAGGAGAAUGAUAAUUACAAGUUCGCCUUCGUGCAAGGGACUUGGAUUCCGCAAUGCAUUCAGUACGAAAGCCUUGGAGGAGGAGGCGGGUUUGUUGCGACGGUUGGAGAAUUAAGUUGUGAAGAAGGAUUCACUUUUUCAAAAUUGUUGGGAAAGUGUGUCGCCCCAUUUAAAAAGUUUGGUGGAAGUAUUGGAUGAAGUAUUGUUUUCUUAAUUCUCAUCAAAAUUAAAUUAUCAGUAAUAAAAUCAGUCUUAACUUCUUAACCAAAUAUGAAAUGGAAGCUUCCUUUUAAAUCACACUGAAUGUUAAACUGCAAUAAAGGAUAUUCUCAUUUUACCGAGUGCAAAGCUUA